CGGGAGAUGCAGGAGCUUCAGUUGGGUUCAGAAGGCGCUUACGGAAAAUCGUCCUCGCUGUCGUAGUCGCGGUCGGUGCUCGUCGGAAAAAUCUUUCCUAGGUGUCAUAGUGUGGCCUGCCUCAAGAUUAAUGGUGGCCUACCUUUGGGAGGGAAACCGGGGACAAAUCUCGAAGAUGAUGACGAUUUGUGCAUGGAAUCGUCCUGCCUACAUCGAGUGAUCUGUCAAAUUAGUGUGAAGGAUCUGGGCCGAGGGAUUGGGACGAUUAUCCCAUCGUCGACCGCCAGCCAGAAGGAUAGUGCAGCCAGUGUUUGUAAUUUCCCACGGUAUAAGGGUGGGGGCGUAAAACCGAGCGCCUCAGUCAGAGAGUGAAAAAUACUGACAGGUGAUUGGGAAGGAUACGAGUGCGAAGGAUUUCGGGGGGUUGGAUGAAAUCGGAUCCGCUUACGAACGGAGGUAAAAGAGUGUGUUUAGAGUGUGUAUAGCAUGGAUGUAGCGCACUAAAUAUAGUAGCCGGAGGGUGUGAAAAUCGAUUUCGUCCUCUUUUCUUUUUUUUUCGAUGCGAGGCGAAAUGAGGAAGCGUUUUUGCCUAAGGUGGUGUCGCUGAGGUUGUUAUGGUUGUCGAUCCGAUGAACCGGAAAAGUGAAAUUGCUGUGUUAAUUAUUGAAUAAGCAGGGAGGAUUUGAGCGAAACGCUUCACAAGGAGACACUCUGAGGAGAUUCUUACGUGUUUACAGCUUCAAGAUGCUUUCAUAAACAAGUUCAACGAUAAUAUAGUGUUUGGAUGUUUCAUCGCAAGUAAAUUGUUAUCCUAGGGGAAAAACAACCUCCCAAAGUGGCAUCUGGGUACACAAGUGCUUAAUGCUCGAAUUUACAACCAUUCGGGCGUAUUAUAGCCAUCCAGCUUUAAACAGUGAUUUCGAGCAUCGUUUAAAAGGUCAUUUUAUUUCCCGAAUCAUAAACCGGUAAAAAUUCUCCCCAAUCCCAACGAAUAAGCAAUUCGCAAUCUUGGGAACCUUUCAUCGUUGUGACACAGCUGUUCUUGGAAAUUCGCAGAAGAAACGCGCUAAAAAGCACCCGAAGAAGUGAAAGUUGUGUUUGGGGCCAUAAAUUGAUGCCGCUUAGUGGUGCCGCGGUGGAGCGGUCAACUGGUGCGGUGGGGUUCGGAAUUCAAAUUUUAUGACGGUUGUCGCCGCAGUUUUUGCCCCGAAGCAUUGAACCGCAACCGAAGGCCUACCCGACGCCAAACAGCAACAACGUAGGGCUGCUUCGUGAUCCGUUUCCAGUGGCUGGUAUUGUGCGCUGUGAAUGUGAUUUUUUUUCGUGAUCGCGUGUUUUUGGAUAAAAGGCAACGAAGCAGGGUGAAACAGGCGACCAGAUUAAUAUAUUGAUUAGAGCCGUAACUAGUGAAGAGGGAGUGGAUGCGGUGAAGUGAAACAACGAAACAUGUAAGAAAUUCUGAAGCAGAACCAGCGAGGGAGGUCAGCCGGCUGCCGCAAAUGAAAAAACUUAAAAUCGAAAAUAGCCCUCGUAGUCAAAAGAAGUCCUGCACGACGGUAUAAAUAACUUAUUUUUCCUUGUGGCUUGAAACCAGAUUAUCGGUGAAAUUAAUCACAGUUCAGAGAAAAUUACCAAUCAAUGGACAUUCCGGAAAUCGGAUCAGCGAAAACUUUCGGCCAUUAUCGUAAAAAACACUCCCUGUAUUCCAACACCAGAUAAAGUGAACCAAGUCUAACUGCAAUCAUUCCUCGACGAAAGAAAUAAGAUCGGAACCGGAAAAAUUCAACAUCGUUUUUUUCUCCGUUCCAUCCUGCAAUCAUCCGCCGGUGUCGGUGCAGUGACUGCGUGCAUUGUGCAGCGAGCCGGCCUUCACGUCCAAGUGAGAUAUUAAAACUUUUCAUUUCCGGGGAAAAUUGUUCACGCCGUAAAGCCCGCCGUUGAAGGCGGGACAAUGGCAACCGCAGCACCGGAGGCAAACUGGAUGGCAAUUGAUUUAAAUGGUGUAAUGAAAAUUAGCUGAGCUGAAUCCCCCACUUGAGAAGGGUGGAGCAGCGAACGGGAAAGUUUUGCUCAAUUGCUAAGGCGAGCGAAGACUCACGCGUCCAUCGUCCCAGAACCGUGGUCCUGUUAUAUGUGGCUGGACGAAGUUGUUGCAGAAUCAAGCGAUGGCACAAUGAUAACGUCACACCGUCGUCCGUCGCGGGAUGUCCGACCAUGAAGUCGUUCUGCUCGUAAUAAUAACGCCCGCUGCCUUUGCCAGCUGUCCGAACUAAUUUUACCCUCCGGUGAGCGGAAAAAGUUGGAACCGGGGAAAAUCAGAGAGAAAGUUUCGCCCCCGGCCCCGGGUAGUCUCCCCCCGAGCUCUGGUCCGAGUGCGCGUCCAGAGUGAAAUAAUGUGAUAAUCGAUGGUGGAACUGGAGUCUGUCAGAUUAACACCGAAGGUAACGGAACAACGACUGGCAAUGGUUUGCGAACUAUUCUUCAAUGGCGGGUGGGGUGCGUCGGUUGAUGGAGAGUAAACAGCAGUUCAGUUGUUGUACUUCCGAGUUGUCUAUUCUCAGAUGAAUUCGUAUUUUAUGAGUUAAUUAGAAGAAGACAAGUGUAGUUUAGUUGGUUCAGGCGAAAACUGUGUAGUGUGAUCAAAGGAUACAACUAUAGAAGGAUCGGAGGAAAAUUAAGUGAUAUAGUGACCAUGGCUGCGAUGAUGCUGGAAUUGAAGCUGAUCAUUCUAUGUUUGCCAUCAAUACUUCUGGCUACCACAUUGGAAUCAGAUAACAAAUCCAUACUGGCCAACACGGACUGGAAACGGCUCUGGCUGGAAACGGGCCAGCUCGGCGGCGGCGGUGGUGUUGGCGGCAGCAGCGGUAGCAGCAGUCAAACCGGCACGAGUGGUGUGAGUGGAACCGGCGGAAGUGGAAGUGGCAUUAUCGGAACCAUCAGUGCCGGCAUCGGAAGCCCCAGGGCUGACAAUCAUCUCGAUGGCGGUGAUUCUUCUAUCGUGGAUGAUGGCGAGGUGAUGGCGCACAAUACCACCGUCCAGCUGGGCGGCGUGGCGUUCCUGGUCUGCAAAGUGGCUGGCGUGGACAGAGUGGGUGUACAUUGGAAUCAAAUCUCGUGGAUCCGACGGCGGGAUUGGCACAUCCUCUCGUCCGGAGCGCAGAUGUACACCAACGACGAACGGUUCGCGAUCCUGCACACGCCCGGCUCCAACACCUGGACGCUGCAGAUCAAGUUCGUCCAGCGGAGGGACCACGGUACCUACGAGUGUCAGGUAUCCACCCCGACCGGCGUUAUUUCGCAUUUCGUAAACCUGCAAGUGGUCGUACCCGAAGCAUUCAUACUCGGUUCCGGCGAGCUGCACGUGGAUAUGGGAUCAACAAUCAAUUUAGUUUGCAUAAUUGAGAAGAGUCCACAGCCGCCCCAGUACGUGUACUGGCAGCGGAACGAUCGGAUGAUCAACUACGACGAUUCCCGGCGGGACAUCUCGAUCGAAACGGUGCCCGGCCCGAGGACGCAGAGCCGGCUCAUCAUCCGGGAGCCGCAGAUCAACGAUUCCGGCAACUACACCUGCUCGGCGAGCAACACCGAGCCGGCCAGUAUAUACGUGUUCGUGUCGAAAGGUGACAACACGGCGGCGAUAUCGCGUCGGAAAACGAGCGGCGCCAGUGCCGCCAUCGCAGUAACCACGCACCUGUCCACGCUGCUGCUGGACUGCCUCCGCGUGGUACCCGGAGUGAUAGCAUCCUUCCUGCUGACUACGCGGUAUCAGGCCUGAACGGGGUGUACCCUCAAUCGAGACCGCCACCAUCGUCGACUGUCCACGGUUGUCGUCGACAAACCCAUCAUCCAGUGGACAGCGGCAACAGAAAAAGCCACAACCAAAUCCUGUACAGUAGUUACACUGUCGUAUGUAGUUAGUGUAAGUUUAGUGUAGGGAGGGAGGAAUUCGAGCAAUGUAAAUCGAGCGAACGCCCAGAAUUCGAAUGAAAGCCCUUUAAACAAGCGAAGGGUGGUGGAAACAUGCCGCUGCAUGUUCUAACCGUUGUUCGGACAACUAAAACUAAGCGAUGACAAACACAAAACCCGAACUUUGGAGGCGUUGUUGUAAACCUAAGGGAGAGAGCUACAACAUUCGACAGAAAGUUUCAUCCAUGGCCAACCUCCGGGGACAGUUCCCACAUUGAUGCGGAAAAUUUGUUCUCCAAACUGCUCGAGCGGUUACGGAAGAACCAGCAGGAGAAAAACUCGAAUUGUGCAUUAUCUGCUCGGGUACAGAUGCGGAAAUUAAAUUUGAAACUUGCACGUUUUUGAAAUGGACAAAUUUAUAGGAGGUGGUCGAUCGUUGAAAGUCAAAAAAUGUUUUCAAUUAUGUAACAUUCAUUUGAGCAAUCGGGUUGUUGCACUAUCUGGAAAAGGAUAAUUUAGUCAAGUUGUCUUGUUCACAACUUUCACAAUGACUGACUGUGUAACAACAAAGGUGUUAGACUAGAAUAACAAAACUCCGCAGAUAUAGUAAACAGAGGUCACAACAUGUAGAACCGAAUUCAAUAGAAGUGACACAAAAAGGAACCAUUUAUCAUUAACCACAACAUCAUUGUCCUGUUAAAAAAAAUACACCACAAUGAAAAACUUUGAACGAAUCGAAAUUAAUAGCUGUGAAGUUUAGAAGGUUUACUCCUCUGCAAAUUAAAUGUGAAUGAUCCGACUGAGUGAUCAAAAAACGACAACAGCAAUCGACCGAGUAAAUCAAUUUCGAGCUUAAAUUAUUCAAGUCCAUUGAAACGAAGUUCAGCAGAAGUAAAAGCGAACGAACAGUGACGCGCCCGUUGGACCUUGAUUAAUCAUCUGCAGUAUGACAAAAAUUAAAAACGUGUAAAUAAAGUUUAAUUUCGUGCAACGUAGUGAAAAAAACAAAAACACAAUUGGGAACAUACACCCAGGAGCACACAUCCGUGAUGCGUUGGAAAAAUCAUAAAAUUUAUUCUCCAAUCGACGAGGUAAACCAUUCAUUUCGAGUACAAAAAGAAACUGGAAGCGGAGCAUUUUUGUUGCAUCGGAAGGCGAAUGGAAUUGUAAUUAACCAUUCUCUGUUCGUAACGAUGAACGUGAAAAGAUCGCUUGCACGGGGAAAAACCCGUUCAUGGCAACCGACAUGUCGUAACGUAAUGAAAUAAAUAAUUUCGAAUGAAUUGAAACUCUUACAAAUGGCUUACACUUCGGAAUUAUCAAUGGUUUAUGGAAUUGCAUUCGGUGCUUUUCAUUUGGGGAUGUUAUUUAUUUUUCACCGGUUGAAUUGUUCGCUGCUGAAUGGCUCAGUAGUAUCUUUAUAACUUUUUUCCACAGAAUAAUUACAAUGUUUAUUUAUCGUAGAACAGAAAAAAAUAUUGAUGUGAAUGAGAAAUCAAAUAUCAGAAUACAGUAGCAUUACGAACAAGUGGAUAUGUUGAGAGUCAUUACAACGAAUUGUGACUUCGAAGCACGGCAACAAGCUUCAGGAUUCUAAAGCCAACAAGCAAAGAAGUAAUGGAAUGAUUUAAAACAAAGUAUUUCAUUGAACUGGAAAGCUAAACAUAUUUUUCGGCGAUUAGCGAAACUGCUGCUUUAUUUUUUGACAUACAUUAACUUUGAUUUUAUGAUUAUGAGACCUUUCUUCCGAAAUUGCUAAUACAGACCUUUCUUAUGUGAUUGUUUUCAUUAUCUUCCGUAAUACACGAGAAAAGCAUCAUAACUGCUAGGUGGAUUAUUCUGAUUUUUUAGUGCCUCGUGGCUAUUAAAGCAAAUAAAUUACUCCUUAUUUUUUAAAUCUAGGCAGUUUAAUGAGGCCAUUCCAUUUAUUUUCUUCUUUUUUCGAUUCUAAAGAUAUCUUCUACGAUUUACUCCGAGUUAGCAUAUUCUGUCAACAAAACAUCCACGCUUUCCUUUCUUACUGCUUUCAAAUGUGCUAUAAUUAUAUAAGUGUCUGUUUCUUUUUAAACAAAUUAUAAAAAUCAGACGAAGGAUACACACGAUUUACGUCCCAAACUAUAUCACAUUCAAACACGCAGUAAUUUAUUUCUGUUACAAAAAAUAAAAACAAAUAACUUUGCGAAUAAACUAUUGAAUAAGCAAAUAGAUAUUCAAACAAGCAUACUUUUGAAUGAUAUGGAAAUGCUAAUAUCAUCUUCCAAACCUGGACGAUAUUAGCAUUUCCAUAUCAUUGUAAAUCGUUUAACUUCACGUAGAAGUAACACACACGAAAUCAUUAAUUUAAGCAUACUUUUACCGCUUAGUAUGAAUGGUUUUUCCAAUGCUGUUUGAGAAUUUUACUUAAAAAGAUUAUUUGUAAGAGUUUCAAAGCUAAAAUAAUUGAAUUACACUUGAACUGUAUAUAAAUUAUCUGAUUUGAUUUAAGUUGCUUCCCAUUUAUCCAAAAUCCAUAAUAAUGUCGAUAUAUUUGAAAAGAGCAUUAUUUUUACAGUCAAUCAUUAGCAAAAUUGUACAAAGAUAUUUAUAAAGUCUCAAAAUGUAUAAAAGCGUUUUCUGUUAACUAAAAAAUCGAAAACCUUGUUACUAAAACCCAAAACAUCACAAAACUCAAUUAACGAUUGAAACCAAAAAACAAAAAUAAAAGUCGGAUCAAGUCGAUAAAAAAUCAAUACCGUUAACAAUGGUGUUUGUACUAUAGAUAAGAAGUCUAAUUACUCUAAAAAAAUACAAGCAAAUGUGGCAACACCGUAGUUUUAACGAGAACCAGGCUCGAGAUUGCCCCGACCAGAGGGGCACCAAGCAGAUGAAAUUUAUGCGCGUCAGAUAGACUUAGUAGAGGAAUGAAACCUAAAUGAAAAACCCGUAGUUAAACUAUAUAAUCCUGAAAGGAAUAAAAGCAAGUGAAUUUAAAAAGCAGACCUAGAUUCAAAUUGAUUGACUACAAAGAGAGAUGAGUAUAAAAGCACGCGGAUGGAUGACUGUGGAAUCGCCGACCAAAGGUAGCGAAAGGGGUUUGUUUGGCCAUUAAGUUUCAACAAAUGCAUUGUUGGGUGAUGAAUAAAAACGCUGUAAGAGAAAACAUAAAAAUGGUGAGGAGUGACUAUCACCUUUAAAUUUAAUGUAGAACAAAAUUACAGUAAAAGAAAUGUGACGAGAACAUCUUUGGAUGAGACUCGAUUGAAGAAAAUUGAGCACGACGUCUAAUAGAAAAUGCGAGUGAAAAGUGAAGAGUCAAAGAAUGAGUAAAUAAAAAUUUCUUUUCGUACAAAAUUAA